AUGUCCAACACACCACCCCUCCCUCCUCCAACAUCCUCAUGGACAUUCACUCAAGGCUUCAUACUGGGUCAAGCAUCAUUCCUGAUCAUAGUACUCCUCUUCGUGAGAUACGUGGUAUUCUCACCUUCCGAGGAGAUAGAUGCGGAAGGUUGGAAACAGAGAAGAGCGGAGAAAGCCAAGAAAGCCCUCUUAUCCACUACCUCCGUCCCACCUCCGCCACCUGCUCAGCUGUUGCAGAAAACAAAUUACGAAAUGGCUACUCAUGCUGCCGAGUCGACAGAUUGGGUGAACGUCCUACUAGCUCAGAUGCUGCAAGGAUACAGGAAUGAUCUGCUCUCUGCGAAUGGUGAAGAAGGGGCAAGACAGAGGAUAGAGAAAUGGUUGAAUCCCACUGGCAAGAAUCUAAGUUGGCUUGAUCCGAUCGAAGUCACCUCACUAUCGUUAGGCAAAGCUUACCCAUUACUCUCAAAUGCUCGAAUACGGCCUGCGGACGGUCAAGGUAGAAUCCGCGCAGAGAUAGAUGUAGACUACCUUGAUUCCAUUUCCCUCUCACUGUCCACUGCGGUACUGGUCAAUUUCCCCAGACCUAGGUUCGCCGUAUUGCCCGUAGCGUUAGGUGUGGAGCUUGUGUCGAUAGGCGGGACUUUGAGUGUACAACUGCAUGAACCGGUUGACGAGAGACAGCAUAUACAUGUCAGUCUGUUACCUGAUUUCCACCUCAACCUCAAGACUACCAGUUUGCUAGGUAGUAGGGCCAAACUACAAGAUAUACCGAAACUCGAACAACUCAUCUUAUCCCGGCUUCGAUCCGUCAUUCAAGAUCGAUUCGUCUACCCUGCUCAUCUCUCUCUUGCCCUACCCCGUAUACUCUCUCCAUCUGUAUCUCCUACACCACUUCUGAACGACCUAGGCGAAUCAGCAGUGAACGCCAUGAGCGAAGCUAUGUCGCAGGGUAUAUCAAGGAUGGUCAAUGAUAUGAUGGGACCAGGAGCAAGUCCAAGUAUGGAUAACACUACUGUAGAUGUAGACGAGGACGAGGACGAAGGGUUAUAUGAACCUUUGGAUGAAGUAGCUAUAUCCAGAGCGAGAGAAUUGGAUAGGGAAGAAGGUCUGGAUGGUAAUACCGAUACUACUCCUUCAGUAAGUAUGGGAGGAAGAGGCGAAAAGAAAAUACCUAUUCCAGCAAAUUUGGCACCUUCGAACACGACGUCAACAAGCAGGGUUGAACAACCUAUACCUCGCAGACCACCAUAUCUAUCAACUCAAACAUCGCGUCCUAAUUCACCAUCUAUCACUUCAUAUAGACAACAGAUACCUGUACCCGUCCCUACGGCUAGUUCGGCUACGCCAAGUGUGAAUGAUAGUCAGAAUCUAAACCAGUUCAGGUUCAGAGGUCAAUUCGCUUCCAACCCCCCUACGCCUGGCGCUGAUGGAUUAGGAACGAUGCAGGGUCAUGGAACAGGCAGGAGAAUGGGGGUGUUCAAUAGUCGUGCCGUUGGUUAG